ACCUUGAUAGUGGGUCGGUGUGCACGUCGCAGCGAGAGUGCUGAGGAGUAUCUGCUAAUCUUUGUGGAUAAUAACCGCGUGGAUAUUUCUGGAGACGAUGUGGAAAUGCUGAAAUGAGAGGGUGAAAUGGUCUCAGUUCGUAAAGUGAGGAUUAUUUCCGCUGCCUGUUGGAUGAACACGAGCAGAAGCACGGCUCUGAGGAAACGCUGCUGCUGCAUUCAUAAACACUUCUUUAGGACUCACUACAACCCCUGAGCUUUGUUUUGGGGUCACUUAACGCAUUUACCUGUUGUGCACGCGGGCUGAAGAUGGCUGAUAAAGGUAAAAUAAACGUGGAGCACCUGGGUGGAGUUGUCAGGGUCCGAGAGGAACACGAGAAGGUGGUGAGAGACUGUGAGAGUCGGAUUCAGCACUGGAAGAAGGUGUCCGGCGACUAUGAAGCCCUGAAUGAGCGUCUUCAAACUCUGCCUGACCAGCUGUGUUAUGACAUCAUGGUGCCGUUCGGCCCUCUGGCCUUCAUGCCGGGUAAACUGGUGCACACCAACGAGGUCAUGGCGUUGCUCGGGGAUAAUUGGUUCGCCAAGUGCUCCGCCAAGCAGGCUCAGAAACUCGUCGAUCACAGGAUGAAAUAUGUGAAGAAAGAAAUAGACGAUCUGUCAAAGACCAUGAAAAACUUUGAAGCCAGGGUGGGUUUUGCGAAGGAUUUGGAAAAAAUGUCAGCUAAUAAAGGAGACUACGUGGACAUCAGAGAAGAGGAAGGAGACAACGACGCUACCCUCACCAAAGGAAAGCACAGAAUCGCUCACAAACCAAAGUCCAAGCCCAAAUUUGAAGUGGCGUGUGACCUGAAAGAGGAGGACGAGGAGGAUGAAGAGGAGGGCAGCGAUGGGCAGAGCAGAAAAGGCGUGCUGACGGAGGAGGAGCUGUGGGCCCGGCUGGACGAGCUGGAGAAACUGGAGGAGCUACAAGACGAGCAGGACAGGUUGUCAGACAACGCAGACAUAAACGGAGAGGACACGUCCUCGCUCUCCUCAGAGGAGGAGAAGGACCCAGAAGCUGCACCUCCCGUUAACGGUCUCAGCCUGAAACCCAGCUGGACGUUGGCCCCUCACAGUAAAGCUCCGCCCACUGUGGAGCGGAAGGAGGAGGAAGUGGAUGAGGACGAUGAAGAGGACAGCAGCUGUUUGCCCACCAUCUACUUCUCUCACACAGUCGAACCCAAGAAGGUGAGGAUCAACACGGGGAAAAACACGACUCUGAAGUUCAGUGAAAGGAAAGAACAGAAAGAGCAUUCGAAGAGGAAAAAGAAAAACGGACACAACAACGGACACUCCCAUCACGAACUUCACAAAAUCACCACACCUGCAGACAUCUACAGGUUGUUCGUGGACGUGAAGAACGGCGAGCCCAUCCCCAGGAAGUCCAUCCUGAAGUCCCGCAGCCGAGAGAACAGCGUGUGCAGCGACACCAGCGAGAGCAGCGCGGCAGACUUCGAGGAACGCCGGAUGAUUGGCCGCAGCUUCAGCCACGACGAGGCGACGCACAGCGACACCAGUGACGGCAUCACGGAGGAGGACAGUCCCACAGCGGUGCCCCUGCACCCCGCCAGCAGAUUUGAGGCCUUUUCAGGUACGGUGGUAGAAAAGGACCCGAUGCCUUCCGCUGUCCCUCACCUCACCAUCGUCCCUCCGGCUCUGCCGACCAUCCUGGAGAGGAAACAGGAAGAGGUGGUGCCCGACGUGGCCCCGCCUGAACAAGCCCCGAAAAGGGUGUCCAAGUUUAAAGCUGCCCGGCUGCAGCAGAGAUGACUGAACAAACACAUUUCACUUCUUCUUUCUCUCUAAGGUUUUUUUUUUUUUCUCUAACUGAUAAACCGGACGACCCCUCCUCUCCUCUCCUCUCCUCUCCUCUCCUCUCCUCUCCUCUCCUCCCCUUCCUUCCCCUCCCCU